AUGUCGUCGGUGCCCGUCCGCUCCUUGUCCCGCUCCGCCCAUGGAGCAUGUGGGACACCGUACGACGUGCAUCGACUCAAACCAUUGCCCUUGUUUAAGUACCAUGGUUCCGUAGCACCCGGCGGCGACGAUCUCGACAGCAAAGAAACGAUGGCAGAAGAGAAGAUCACUGCUGUGAGAAUGGGUCCGGAAGUCACCGAUGUGGAGGACAAGAUUAGCGGUCCAGUGCCCGGGAUCGUCGAGCCGCAGGAAACACUCAACGAAAAGGUCAUUCAACAGGAGCCGGAGCUUGCUCAGCGACAGCCUGAUGAGUACACAGGCCACCAUCAUUAUGUUCUCAAGCGGUUGCGAAGACGCCUGCCACCGCUCUCGUCGAGACGGAAGCUGGCCAUCAGUGUCGGUCCCCUCUUCCCAACGCUACAGGAGUACUACGGAAUUAACUACCUCGUCAACCGCAUCGGCUUCGGCCUCGUGACGCCACUCGGCGCUUUGUCGACGGUCAUCUGCUUCCUUCUCGCAGGGACGGGCGCGCCGUUCGGUGUCUUCCUCGUCGCAUUUUUCUUCAACGGCUUCGGUCUCAGUAUUCAGGACGCACAGGUGAACAACCUGACGACGCGCCUGCCCAACCCCGCCGUGCUCAUGAGCUUUGUGCAAGCCUCAUUCAGCGGCGGCGCGACCAUUGCGCCCUUCCUCUCGACCGCGUUCGCGCAGCACCUUCCCAAGCGCAGCUACCUGUACUUCUUCGUCGCUAUGGGUGUCGCCGUCAUCGCGAUGGCGAUCAUGCUCGUCGCGUUCAGGGGCAUGACGGAGGAGCAGAUUGUGGGCACUGGCGAUGCGUCUGGUGCUUCCACGCCCACCCCUACGGCGGCGGUGGAGACGAAGGAGCGCGAGGAAGGUGUCGAGAGGACGAGAUCCCGAACGCCGCCGGCCAUCGAGGACGGCCAAGUCGCCCCCGCCGACGCAACGGUCGGAGCCCUCGGCGAGGCAGCUCAACUCGAGAACUCCUCAGGAGCAAAGCUGAAGCGUAUCCUGAAGCGGCCCGCGAUCUACAUCCUCAUGGCGUGGUCGUUCCUCUACAUCGCAGUGGAGGUUGGCACAUCGUCAUGGCUCACGACCUUCCUCAUCCGUGAGCGCGGCGCCUCUGCCGCUGCCGGAUACGCCGUGACCGGCUUCUGGGGAGCAAUGACUAUCGGCCGCAUUCUGCUUAUCCCGGUGACACAUAAACUCGGACCGCAGACCGCCAUCUUCGCCUACAGCAUCAUCGCUCUCGCUCUCGAGUUCGUGAUCUGCGAGACGUGGGACGACGAGCUCCGCGGUGGUGUCAUGGGUCUCAUGGGCAGUAUCGGCGGCGCGGGCGCGGCGCUCGGCCCUUUCAUCAUGGGCGGCAUCUCUGAUAAGUACGGCAUCUGGGCUAUCCAGCCUGUGGCCGUUGGGAUGAUUGCGGGCUUCACGAUCCUGUGGGCCUUCACGCCGAAGAGGAAGGUUGCCGUCAAGGCGCCGAAAGAAGGGGUCGAGGGGAUGGAGGUGGAGGCGGGGCCCGCGCCGAUCACUUCGCAGGCUGUGGCCGAGAGCACUCGAUAG